AUGUCGCCAAAGACAUUGCCCUCACGAUACAUUCAACUUCCGGAGAAAAGAGUCACCACUGAGAAAGUCAUCAUAGACGCCGCCACAACGAACGGCAAAGGCGCUUUAUUAUCACCCGCGGCCGCAACAUUAGGGGUUUUUCAGAUAGUGAACCAUGGAAUGUCCAUGGAUGAGCUAAACCAAGAGCUGCUGGUAUUGGAAGGGAAGUUCAGUGUCGGAAACGGCUUGGUACAUGACAAGUUUCAAUCCUUACGAGGAGAUGACGUGACUAAAAAGCAGGAUAAACUAUCACAGCUGUGCGUUGAAAAAGGUCAUCUUGUAUCAGCUCUGGAGGAUGCCAGGAAAAAAAUUCAAAAACUGGAGGCACAAAUUACAGAUUUAUGUGAGAGGUUGAAGACGGCUAAAGAGAGGUUGAUGACGGUUAAAGUGAAUGAGAUGGCUAUUCUUUCCCGCCAGAACGACGUGCAGCAACAGUUUAACGUAGAGAUGGAGGAAGUCAUCGAAUGGUGCAACGUGCAGAAACAGGCUUGA